GGAGAGCCCAUCAAGAUCAUUGACUUGACUUGACCCGGCCCCACAGUCCCACAACCAUUGACCAUUUGACCCAACGCAACUCAACUGCUUCUUCCUCUUUUCCAUCUCCAUCGCCGUCGCCGUCCAGGAAGAGAUAGAAGAUGGAUACGGUCGCGGGAAGCAAGUACAGGUUUGGUCCGCACGAGAUAGACGAGCGGCAGGUGUUCCGCACCUCGCCCCUCUCCUUCGCCAUCGUCAACAUCCGACACACCCGCCCAGGUCAUGUUCUUGUAUGCCCAAAGCGUCUUGUGAAACGAUUUGCUGAUCUUAGUCCUGAUGAGACAAGUGAUUUGUGGAUCAUGGCAAAGGAAAUUGGUGCACGUGUUGAGCAGUACCACAGGGCUUCUUCGCUCACAUUCACAAUUCAGGACGGACCUCACUCUGGCCAAACAGUUCCACAUGUUCACGUUCACAUCGUUCCCCGAAGGAAGGAAGAUUUUGAGAACAAUGAUAACAAUAAAGGCAUGAUGAAUGCAAAAAAUGAGACAUUGGACCUAGAUAUUGAAAGAAAAGAUAGAACGAUGGAAGAAAUGGCCCAAGAAGCCAAAGAAUAUCGUGCUCUUUUCUCCUAGAAAAUGUCUAUGUAUACUACUUAACUUUGUGUGGAUUUCACUAUUCCUCUAGCAUUCAGCUUCACAGCUGCAUUUUACAUAUUACACUAAUUUGUUGUGUUUUUAUAUCAGAUGAUUAUACUAAUCGUAUUGUGCAUACUACCUGAUAUUCUGUUGUAAUAUAUGUGUAGCCGUUACUUAGUAAUAUUGAACUCCUUAUUUUUCAUCUCA